GUUCCUCUCGUUUGCAGAGAUGCUGAAAGCAUUGGGUGCACGUGCAGUGCUAUGCUCGAAGUCUUCUUCCACUAACCACACAAUUCACGCACACUGAUUCUCCACCAAGCCCUCACGCAUAGGUUCUCAACCCUUAGGAACCCUCUUUUGAUUUAUUUCUUUUCAAUUUCUUCCUCAAUCACCACGUAACUUGCGUCUCGCUGCACUGCAAUUUCGGAUCCCUAGGUCGCCUCUGCCAUCUCCGUCGAAGCUUCCCAGAGUUGCGGCGCAUCCCUGGAGUCUUCUUCGUGCAAACCUCCAAGCCCACUGUUGUUGUUUCCGUUGAACGCAGAUUGGAGAACAAACAGAAACAGAACAACCACAAAGUAUUUUUGUCUCUCCAAUCUCUUGAACUUUAAGAGAACAGUCAUGGACAGACACACGAACACCACCAGGCCAAUAGUGAUGUCUUCCUCUUCCAUCACUGGCACCACCACCAUAACAAUUCAAAACUCUGAGCCAUCUAUCUCUUCAUCUCAGCACCAACAACAGCAACCAGAAGAAGUACUUUUCCUCCCCCUCAAUCGCAGGAAGAAAAAGGUCAGUUGGAAAGAGGGCACCGUGGACAAUGAGUUCAUGCAGAAGAAGAGUUCCAAAAGGUGUUGUAUCUUCCAUAAGGAGAAGCCCUUUGAUGAAGAUGACAGCGAUGAAGAUGAACAUCACUCUGACGAACGCCCUCACGAUACUGGGUUUUGCUGUAAGAAUCAUGAUGAAGCUGGCCCAAGUACCUAGAGAAUUGAUUCAGCUGAGCGGUGAUUAAUGAAACCUAAAACAUAUUUGUAGUGUAAUUGGUGAAAUCGUUGAACUUAGGUUUGCAACUCAAUAAUUAUUUAAUUUCGGUUGCAAUUAUAAGAUUAUGACAUUGGUGGAUUGCCAAACUUUAGUAAUCCUAGUGAUCAUCUACCAAUUGUUGCUGAGUUCGAAAUCAUCAAGUAUUAAACAUUCUUGUAUACCAGGUGAUACACUGAGAUUGUUGGCAUUUAUAAAACGAAGAUUGAAGAUUUGUUUGCUACGCAA